CAGUAAAAAGUUGAUGUAGGGAUGGCUAAAAGGUUAUUCCUCCAUGUGAAGAAUAGUAGUUCGAACCCUUUAAUCAUUCGCCUACUUUCAAGAGCACCAGACUCAUCCCCAAAGACAAGCUUGUAUGCCCACAAUGGUAAAUCAGAUGAAACUGGAUAUAGAAUACCCUUAUUACAGGAUGAUGAGCACCAGUUAUUUUACUCUACGGAUUCUGAUCAGUGGAAAUUUGGAAUAAGAUCUAAAGCUCCUAAGUUUAGAAACAAAGCCACCGCCAUGGACAUCUAUCCAAAGACAAAUAUUCAACCAAUAGAGAAUUUUAAUUAUAAACGUUUCGACAAAACUCAGAGGGCUUCUAUAAGAAAGUUCUCAGAGUUUUAUGACUGCAUGCCACAUCACCAACUAUCUGAUGUAACUGUACAGCGGCUUCCGAGGGUAGGAGAUAUCAAGAAUUCACUCAGAGCACAAAAAAGUGCUGAUAUGUAUGACUCUUUUAGCGGUAGGGGCUGGUCUCACACCAACGGAUGUGGAGAAUCUUUUGGCCCUCCAAGAAAACUGUUACCAGAUGGAAGUUUGGACGUGGAUUCUGACACAAGGUUUAAUUCUAAGAUAUUGCAGCUUGAUUAUCGGGAGAAGUUAUUCUCUAAAGGUAAACAGGCUGGUAUGAGAAUAUGUGUGGCCGUCGGCAAUGGAAAAGGACUGUUAGGGGUUGGCAUCACAUUUCAUCCAAGAUUACGAGAAGGCCUGAUAGAAGCUAAGGAGUAUGCCUACAGACAACUCGUCCAUUUUCCUAUGACUGAAACAGGAUCUAUACCAUACGCUACAAGGGGGCGAUAUCACAGAACUGAGCUUCAUGCCAUUCCAACAAGUUCAGAUCAAGACAACAAGGCACAGCGUGUUGUUAAAGAAUUACUUGAUCUUGCUGGUUACAAAAAUGUUGCUGUGAAGAUGUAUGGUAGAAAUUCAGUCGAGAGUUUAGUAAAAGCUUUCUUUGUUACAUUUCAGAACUUUGAAUCUCAUCAACAGCAAGCAGACAGGUUGGGAAGAUAUGUGGUGCAGUUUGAUCCUGAAACAUACUUCAUGCCUUCCGUUCUGGCUAAACCAAGAGAUGAUUCCAAGCCAGUACCUUUCUCGGCGGAAAUACAUGAAUCAAGUCAGAGGUUGAAAUGAUGUAAUCUCGAUUGCUUAUUUUUUGGUAAAUCUCGAUAAUACAAAUUAGUAUUUCAUCAAUCUUUAUCUCUGUUUUUGAUGUUCUCAAAUAAAAUUCAACAAAUUAUUGCAUGCUGAAA